AUGGCAGGGCUCGGAAAAGUCGGAUGCGUUCUCAGAACGUUCAGAACACCGGCGGCUGGUAAGGCCAACAUUAUGCUGCUCGCUGGCGUCAUCCCAUGGUGGGCCUGCCAGAGCUAUGCGGACGCUACGGACCUCGUCGACGGCUGGGGCUACAUCUCGGGCAAGGCUUGCAAGUGGAUGAUGGGGAUGUGCCUGCUGCCCAUCGCCCGUCAGUCGCUCUGGCUCAACGCCGCUGCCGCGGGAUUCCCUGAGGGGGUCGUGAUCCACUCGCUGUGCUACACAGUCACCCCAGCGCUGGACGCCGCGAGCGACUACGAGGACUGGAAGCAUCACCUCGCGCACGGCAACCACACGCGAGGCCCAGAGUGCCCGGGAGAGUUCGACGGCACACAGCUGCACGCCGUGCUGGCAGCAUUGCGUGUCUACUUCUGGCCGUGGGCCACGCGGCUGAGCGUCGAGACUGGCGAACCGGAGCCAAACACUUUGGGUGUCUUCAUUUUGGUCGGCCUUAUUGGCACGCUUGCCGCCAUAUCCUUAUCGGCCUUCUCUCUGCCGCGGCUGCGCCGGGCGCGCUACGACCUCUUCUACGUCGUGCAUGUCCCUGCUGCCGCCUUCUUCAUCGUGCUGGGCGCUGUCCACGAGUUUCAGAUGAUGGUCUUCGUCGUUCCCGGAGUGUUCGCCUACUUUCUGGACCGCACGGACUUCCUGAACAGGACGGCGACCAGCCGCUUCCACCACGUGACCGCUCGCGUGCGGCUGAUGACCGCCGAUUGGGUGCGGGUCGAUGUUGCAGGUCCGUCGCUCAGAUCCGAAGCCGCAUACGGCACGCAGUUCCUGUACCUCCGGGUUCCCGCCCUUGGCGGAGAGUCGCACGCCUUCUCCCUCGCCGCUCGCUGCCCGAGCAUCGUGAUCAAGGCGAACGGCGACUGGACCAGGCGUUUGCACGAGCUCGCUCAGAAACAGGCGGCCGCCGCCCUCGGCAUCGAGCACGGCUCCGCACCGAUGAGUCGGCUCAGCAGCGUCGCCACCGACUUGGCGUGCGAGGUCGACGGCGUGUACGGCAAUGCCUCGCCUCCGUGGCGCUCGUACUCGCACGUGCUGUUCGUCGCUGGCGGGGUGGGUGUGGCUCCGUGGCUGCCUGCGAUAGAGGAAUGGCAAGAGAUGUGCCGUCUCCACGGCGCCACGGCACAGACCAUGCGGCUGGUGUGGUGCGGGCGCACGCACGCAGAGCUCGAUGUCAUGGGGCCGUACUUGCCUGAGAGCGGUACCACAGUGUUCCUGACUCGCGCUUCGGCACGAGAGGACGGGAUCGAUGCGGCUCCCGAGCCGGUGUCGACGAUCGCGGCCCCGGCGCAGAGGGCCGUCGGGAGGGGCGGCACUAGGCCGUGGCUCUUCGCGUUUGUGGGCGUGGUGUCGCUCUGUCUGACACAGAUGUCCUACUUCUACUUCAAGGGCGCCAGUUCCCUGUACGUCGACUACGAGAAGGGCUGUGGCGACGGGUGCUUUGAGGGCGAGCCGACGGAGGCGCAGUACCUCCUGGCCAGGGCUCUCCCUGUUGCGUGCGCUUUCGUUUCCAUUGCAGCCGCGACCGCGUUCGCGCGGUGGGCGAGCAGCCAUGUCAUCGCCUCGAUGAAGUGCGCGUGUCUCGCUUCAAGUGAAGGUGAAAGCGCAGGCACCGGCGCAGCAGGCGCGGGUGCGCAGAGCACCACGCUGCAGGCGCGGCAGCGCUCGGUUCUGCUCGGGAGACCAGACAUGGCGGAGCUGAUCGACAAGGCGGUGGCAGAGGUUGAGGCUGUUGCAACUCCGGAGGCUGCCUCGCCCAUCACGACGGGCCUGUGUGUGUGCGUAUGCGGGCCGGAUGCGAUGAGCAAGGCGCUCCAAGGCGCCGUGCGGGACGCCAGGAGACGCCACCGCGGCGUGGCCAUCGGCCUCCACGUGGAGGAACCAGACUGGUAA